CCUACCUGUUCAUCCAGACAGCUUGUUGAACAGAUAACACGUAGGUGUCAGCAGAGAGGGAGAUAAAGACAGCGCCUGCUAUCAAGAAGCCGAUUAUACUCAAACCUCUGCGGGUUUCAUCCCGUUCUUUAUGUAAUAACUGACGCGUGAUUUGAUGACAAGACAACCCGCGCGCUCAUUCUGAGGAGGUUUUGCCAGCGCGCGAGAUGUUAUAUGUGUGGAAAGUUGAUACAGGGGAAUAAUAUUGACAAUCAUUGCACUUAUUCCCAGAGGAACUCCAAGGGCGGAUGAAUUACGCAGUGAGGAACGUCUGGAUUCUCCUUGGAAGUAUUUGGAUCACGCAAGAGUCCGUUUGUACUGGUAAACUUACAGCAAAUACAGUAAAUAUACAUGUUUGAAAUUGCUAGUUGAGACCUGUAUUGCUUUGUCUCAACAUAUAUUAACUGAAAAAGGACAAAACUUAUUUAAUUCAAAAAGCAGUUAAGUUAUGAGUAUUAAGAAGUGUUAAAAUCACAUUUAGACCUUUUCAUAUUGAAAGCUUGAGGUUUUGUAAGUAAACCUUACAUGUUUUACAAGUACAAAAGGAUUCUGUAUUUAAAAAGUAUGAUGUCCUCAUUCUGUUCUUGAGAUUCUGCUCAAUUCAUCUGCCAAAUUAGUCAUCAACCUGAACCUGCAUUAACAUCAGAUCUGAAUUAUGGAUGCUGAUGGACAGCCUCCUGCUUCAAAUGGUGACUCGACGCUCCGCUCCAGAGGUGGCUUCUCCCUAGCGAACUGGCGGUCCUCUUCGAGGACAUUAUUGCGAGGAGGAGAGGAUGUGAGCCGAAGGCUGCUGUCCGUUUCGAACCACCAACAGGAACGGACAGACUCAGGGGCCAGUCCCAGCUCAAAGUCUCUUGAGGUAACUGCAGGGUUAGAUGGCACAACAGCAACCACCACCGUGACCGCAUCCACUCCACCUCGCCUUGAAAAAGCCAUGGAAGAGUCAAGGGGGCCUGCGGGAGCCCCUCUGCCAUCUGAAUCAGAGGAAGGGGUCAUCAAUGACCAAUCCACUUUUCUCCAGAGACAGUUCAGCUCCUUGCUGCAGCCAGGGGUCAACAAGUUCUCGCUGCGAAUGUUUGGGAGUGCGAAGGGUGUCGCAGCCGAGCAACAAAGGGUCAAGUCAUUUGGGGUGUGGAUUAUACAUCCAUAUAGUGACUUCAGGUUCUAUUGGGACUUGGUUAUGCUUUGCCUGAUGAUGGGCAACCUUGUCAUUCUACCAUGGGGUAUCACCUUCUUUGAGGAUCAGAACACGCUGCCGUGGAUCACCUUCAACGUGGCCUCUGACACCCUCUUCCUGGCUGACCUCGUCUUUAACUUUCGUACCGGCAUUAUGGAAGGUGACAACUCCCAAAUCAUCCUGGACCCGCAAGUGAUCAGUCGGCGUUACCUGCGAGGCUGGUUUUUGAUAGACUUCAUCUCCUCUAUUCCGGUGGACUACAUCUUCCUGGUGGUGGAUAUAGAGGCGCGGCUUGAGUCGGCAGAGGUGUACCGCACCGCCAGGGCACUGCGCAUCGUCCGCUUCACCAAGAUCCUCAGCCUGCUCAGAUUGUUGCGCUUGUCCAGAUUAAUACGCUACAUUCAUCAGUGGGAAGAGAUCUUCCAUAUGACUUAUGACCUCGCAAGUGCAGUGGUUCGCAUAGUGAAUCUGAUUGGAAUGAUGCUGCUGCUGUGCCACUGGGAUGGCUGCAUGCAGUUCAUGGUGCCUAUGUUGCAAGACUUCCCACCAAACUGCUGGGUCUCCAAAAACAACAUGGUGAAUUCCUCUUGGGACAUUCAAUACUCCUAUGCCCUUUUUAUGUCCAUGAGCCACAUGCUUUGUAUUGGGUAUGGUGCUCAGGCUCCUGAGUCACCAACUGACGUCUGGCUCACGAUGAUCAGCAUGAUUAUUGGCGCCACCUGCUAUGCCAUGUUCUUGGGCAAUGCCACCAACCUGGUUCAGUCCUUGGAUGCUUCCCAUCGUCAGUAUCAAGAGAAGUAUAAGCAGGUGGAACAGUACAUGUCCUUCCACAAGCUGCCGGCCGACAUGAGGCAGAGGAUCCAUGAUUAUUAUGAGCACCGCUUCCAGGGCAAGAUGUUUGAUGAGGAAAAUAUCCUCGGAGAGCUCAGUGACCCACUAAAAGAGGAGAUAGUGAACUAUAACUGCCGUGGGCUGGUGGCUAACAUGCCACUUUUUGGAAAUGCCGAUCCUCACUUCGUCACAGUGCUCCUCACAAAGUUACGCUUCGAGGUCUUUCAGCCGGGUGAUAUGAUCAUCCGCCAAGGGACGCUCGGUCGGAAGAUGUACUUCAUCCAGCAUGGCUGUGUCAGUGUAAUCACUCAUGACAAUAAAGAGAAGAAACUGAAUGACGGCUGCUACUUUGGGGAGAUAUGUCUGCUGACCCGUGGCCGUCGUACAGCCAGCGUCAGAGCCGAAACAUACUGCAGACUUUACUCGCUCAGUGUGGACAGCUUUAACGAGGUCUUAGAGGAGAACCCAUUAAUGAGGAGGGCGUUUGAGAGCGUAGCGGUGGACCGGCUGGACCGUGAGGGAAACAGCAUUUUGCAUUCACACAAGAGCAUGGAGGAUGAUGGGGACUGAUGGAUUCUUUGCGUAAACUCUCUCUUGGUGAACUUUGACUGUCCGGAGACUCACUGAAGAUAAAUGAAUGUAGAAAAAACAUGGAUGAAAGUGUUACAGUGUCCACAUUAAUGACAAUGUACAGUUGCAGUAUGGUGUGAUUUAUCUAUAAUAGUUAUUUCUUAUUCUUACUUUGACAAUGCAAUUUAUAGGAACGUAAAAAUAAGCAAUAUCAUUCCUAUAUUCUGAUAAUGUUUAGCUGGCUGUCAUAUCGUGUAAUUCAUUUCAGUCAGAAACCGUUAGUUUAGCAGGGACAUUGAUCAAAAUAAAUAUGUAUGCAACAAUAUAUAUUAUAAUACAAUUGAAUUAACAAUACAAUGAAAUUAAAUGAGCAUAGCAUAAAACAUAGCAUAACAUUACAACAGUUUAUUUAUUUUUUUAAUACUAUUGGGCUCCUACACUCUUAGAAAAAAAGAGAUUCUAUACUUUAGGGUUCCUGACUCAACUUUAAAGAGCGAUUUACUCCAAAAAGGUUCUAUAUAAGGAGAAAUGUCUUAAAUGAUUGCAUAAUACUUUCAUAUUUAAUGGGUUAUUUCACAUUUUCAUGUGAUGAAGUAUGUUUACAAGCUGUUUAAUUCAUAAAAUUUAAUCAAAAUGAAACUAAGUUGAAACUAAAUCCAUAAAAUGAUGGGAACCCCUAAAAGGUUCUGUAUGAAAUGACAGAUCUCCUAUAGAGAACUUUUUCUUCUGAGAGUGUAUAGUUUCAAGUAAUAGUAGCCUUUAGUCAGUGAAUUGCUCCCUGUAAAUUUUGCAUUUUGCAAAACAUCUCCAAGGUGGCUUUGCAUAUGUUUGUUCAGUACAACUCAUGUUUAACUCAUUGAUCUUGUUGUCUUUGACAUUGUCAGUCAGACCCUCCAGUGAAUGUGAUUUUACCAAGUACAACAUGUUCCUGAAUCAACAUCUUUGUUGAUCCUGGAACAACAUUCCAAUCAACCCAUCAAAGUUUAGAGUUUUUUUCAAGUUUAGGCUUAUAAGCAGGGUUAGGGGCUUCCACAUCAGUGUUAUUCAUUUAUCAUUUCCCUCUGAGUAGGGUUAGGUCUAAAUUUUCAGACUGGAAUGUUGUUCCAUGAAUGUCUUACUUGGCAAAAAUCACAGUGACACUGGAUGUAUCGAGUUAAAAUCGAGUUGAAAAUAAUUUUUCUGUUAGAUGUUCAGCAAUACAAUAAUAACUCAUAUUAAACUGAAUUCUAUCUGCUUUCCGGAUCAACAUUGAGCACUUAAGAAUCAUGCACUGUAACAAAAGAUGUCGUCUGAAAGACUUGGCUAAGCUGGGACAUCCUGUCUGUCUUCUUAACUUCAAAUGAAAGUAUUAAACAAUAUGAGUCACAUAAUCACUGAUUAAACUCAUUUCUGUUUGGCCUGAGUCCUUAGUCAUCAUGGGGUAAUUGGUUAUGAAGAUAAUAACCCUUUGAGAGGAGAUUGUUUUCAGAUGUGCUUUUGAGAAAACUAUUUACUUAGGAGCAAAUAAUAUAUUCAAUUUUUGUUAGUAACAUUUCUACUCUUUGUGGUUGGAAAUAAAAAAAUUAUAUUUUGUCCCAUGUAAUGUGUGAUGAUAUAGAGAAGAAUGAUGAGUAUUAUGGGAUUAUGGGAUAACAAUUGGGAUUCUGAGUAUCUGAUUCUGAGAUUCUGAGUAAUUUGAUGGUUUCCAUAGGCCUAUGUCGCUAGAUUGUUUUUGGGAACAUUUAUUUAGAUUGCAACAAUACACAGAGUCUAGGUGUCUGUCUUGUAAUGCA